CUCUUGUCUCAUUUUGUCACGAUGAUCUUCCAAUCUGCCCUGGCUGGCAGCCUCUUUGUUGCCGCUCAGGUUCUCCAAGCCUCAGCCGGCCAUCCGAGAGGUAUCCUUGACGCAUCACAUCUGCUCCCACGCGGCGAAAACUUCGAGCACCAGAUACGGCGGCACGCAGAAGAUGUUGUAGCGAAGCUUGUUCGACGACAGAGUCCAUCUGCCACCGCAUCAGCACCCACCAUCUCGACGACACCACAGUCGGGGGAUGCAACCAAGGUCGACCUGAACAAGUGGGAGACACAGACACAGCAGGCAUGCUCAAAUGCCCUAUCUGCUCUCAACGGACAGGCUUCAAAUCCAUCCGGCAUGGCCGUAUGCUACAACCUCCCCUUCCUCGACAACACCACUGGCGUCUUCGAGGCUGAACUUCGCAUGUACAACGUCUCGAUGCCCAUCGAUCCCUGGGUGGGCAUCACCAGCGCCGAUGUAAGCAUGACUUUGAAGUACCUUGGCGCCACCGUCCAAGCCACCAACGGCACCUUCAUGAAGCGCGACUCGACACUAUCCUGGCCACCUGUCCGGAGAGACAUAGAUCUAGGCAGCGAGCUCGUCUACCGCCAAAGCUCCGGCUCCGGCGCCGCACCCCCAGGCGAGCUCAAAGUUCUCACCUACGUCGGCAAAAUCAACAGCAACCUGAUGGGCUCAGCCAUGUCACAAGCCAACCUCCAAUCCCUUCUUGUCCCACAGAUUGUCCUCACAGCCAACAGUCCCAAAACCGGGAAACAAAUUUCCACCACGCUCUCUUCAACCGAAGCGUCCUUCGUCAACGGCGUGUUCGCCAAAGCAGCCACUCCCGUUUCCCCCUCCGCCUCCGCUUCUGCUUCUGCAAUCGGUGCGGCUGCCACUCAGGGCGCCAACUACGUCCUCCCCGGCACCAAGCUCGCCUUCUUCCCCGUCGGCCUCGUCGUCACGUGCGUAUGGACCGCCGGGCUAUUCUUGGCCGUGGGUUUAGGCACGAUCGGCCGGAUACAGUUCCGGGAGCAGUAUAGGCGGCGCAUGAAGCGGGAGAUGACAAAGGGCGUGUCGACAAUAUAGGAUACCCGCUUUCGCUUCAGAUUUCUAUUAACCAGCGUCUGUUUUGCGUGGUUAAGUGCAUCGGGGGCCGUGGAAUAUCACUUUCGUUCUCUGUAUCCUAAUUAUUUUGCGGACGGGUUUUUUGAGAUAAGGCCGUGCCGCUCAACGUCAUCCUGGUGAUGCAAGCGGUUUGAGCAGUCUGCGGCCACUGGGGAUGAGUCGUUUGAGCAAGUUUAGCCUUGGGAGAUAUAUCUCGAUAGAAACACGAAUGAAUGAGUAUGAAUAAACC